CACACACACACGCGCAGCCUCCUCCUCCGGGCUCGUUGCAGUGAUUUGGCUCCAGACUUUGUGCAGCAGGACUCAGCCUCUCCAGCCUCCAGCCUCCUACCUGAAGGCUGUCAGCUCUGCAAACUCUUACAGGACCGCAGUGAAGAAGAGAAGAGAGAUCGGACGUUUAUGUGGAAAACUUUGUGAAGAGGCCUUGAUUUGAUUCUCCUUCUUCAAGCGGAGGCACACCUCACCUGGUCUCACCUGGCGGCGCGGAGGGAUCAUACCUGUGCGGACUUGCCCCCCAGAGUAGGACUCUAGUGGGGGAGUCGAGGCCGAGGAGACAGACACACCUUUACCUGCCUCCCUCCCUCUCUCUCUCUGUGUGAAAGCGGAGGAAUCUGAAAUCUUGACAUGACGGUAAAUGAGAGAGCAACUCGAGCUCUGCAGAAGAUCCUGCAGAACCCUGGGAAUGAGGCUUGCGCAGACUGCGGCGCACCUGACCCCGGGUGGGGCUCCUGCUCCCUGGGGGUGUUCAUCUGCCUGGACUGCUCCGGGAUCCACCGCAACUUCCCCGACAUCAGCAAGGUCAAGUCCCUGAGCCUCUCCCACUGGGAGGACCACGAGGUCGAGUUCAUGGCUGAGAAUGGUAAUGAGCUGAUGAAGAGUAAAUACGAGGCUGCUGUUCCCGUCUACUACUACAAACCAACCUACAAAGACGGCCAGACGUUGAGGGAGCAGUGGAUUAGAGCAAAGUACGAGAGGAAGGAGUUCUCUGAGCCUGGGAAGAACUUUAUAUAUGAGGAAGGAACUAGAGACGGCCUGUUGAUGAAGAGGGGGCGGGACAACGGGCAGUUCCUCAGCAGGCGAUUCGUCCUCUCGGAGAGGGAGGGGACUCUGAAGUAUUUCACCAAAUAUGACGCUAAGGAGCCCAAAGCAAUGAUCAAGGUGGACACCAUCAACGCGACCUUCCAGCCUGAGAAGAUAGGAAACCCCAACGGCCUGCAGAUCACCUACCUCAAAGACUACAGCACCCGCAACAUCUUCGUCUACCAUGACAACGGCAAGGAGAUCGUAGACUGGUUCAAUACGAUCCGUGCAGUUCAGCUUCACUAUUUAUUGGUGGCCUUUCCUGGAGCUACAGAUGCUGAGCUGGUACCCAAACUUACCCGGAACUUUCUGAAGGAAGGAUACAUGGAAAAGACAGGGCCCAGGCACACGGAAGGCUUCAAGAAACGCUGGUUCACUCUCGACCAGAGGCGACUCAUGUACUUCAAAGAUCCGCUGGACGCCUUUGCCAAAGGCGAAGUGUUCUUGGGGAACAAGGACCACGGUUACAGCGCCUUCCCCGGGUUGCCCGCUGGCACCCACUGCAACGGCGCCUGGCAAUACGGCAUCACCAUAGAAACGCCUGAACGCGGCUUCCUGUUUACCUGCGAGUCAGAGAGCGACCAGCAGGAUUGGCUGAAACACUUCAAUGAUGUCAUGAGUGCUGUGAUGUCCCCUCAGGACUACACAAUGGAAGCCUUGUUCAAGCACAGGCAUUGAUGGACCAGAGGCCUGUGGGACCGUCUCCUCUCCUCUCAGCCCAUCACCAGUCUGACACAGGACCCGCAUCAGGUCUGAUGCCACUGCACCAAAAUUUGACAUUCAUCACUAACAUGCUCCGACUGGAGCUUGUUCCAAGUCCCAAUGGUGCUCUUUAACAAUGGGGUUAGAAAUGCAAACAAGAGGACCAGGGCAGUAUUCAUCGGUAGAUUAAAAACAUCUGGCCAAAAGAAAUAGUAAUACUUAAAGGGAAAAUUUGCCACCUUUUUAUGUGGAUGUCCAAUCAGUGUUGAUGGUAAAUGCAGUUGACUAAAAAAAUAAAUUAUCCAGUGCGUGCUAUGUUGACCGAGAAAGCUGAUUUCUCCUGCCGGCUGUGCAAACACAUCUGAUAAAUAAAGAAAAUAAACUCACAAAAUGUCAAUGAAGGAAAUAUUCUUACACCUAAACAGAAAAAUACAACCAUACAUCUCCUGAAAGUAAAAUAAAACUCACCAAAACCUUUAGUCCAUUAGUCUUCCCACAGUUCCAACAAUCAGCAACUGUGGUUUGGUCAAAAUAAAUCCUUAAUUCUCUGAGUAAGAUGUGAAAAUAUGUCGGCUCUACACGCUGCUCCCCCCCGCUAUAUCUCCCUGCCGUGCAGCGGCCCGCUGAGCAGCGGCUCGUUGGCGGAUCUCCUUGUUAGGAGGCUGACCAUUAAAUUAUCAAAAUCCAAAGACAAAAAUCAGCCACUGGUAUACGGAAGAACAACAGAUUUUGUAGCUGGAGAACACCACUCUUGGUUUUCCUCAGUCAAUACGGCACGUUUUUGCAGUCUGGACAGUACUAUAUAUUUACAUACAUACAUACUAGGGAUGGGACGAUUCACCUAUCUCCCCAUUUGAUAUGUAUUGCAAUUUUUAAGUAUCGCGAUGCGAUAUUGCAAUGUUUUUAACACUAGACCAUGGGGAAAAAGUUGAAUCAUCGAUUCUAAAGACUUUUACUUUGGAUAAUAUCUAAAUGAAUACAGUAAGAAUAUUUGAUUUACAACAUGUAUGUAGUUAGAGAUGUCCUGAAGUCAAAUAUAUCAGUCAUUGUCAGGAAUUAUUUACUAAAUUUUUUUAUCCAACAACCCAAAAAUCAAAGAAUAAAGACAUUUCCUUCACAAGUUAGUGGUAUUUCUUUUA